AUGCCUGACGCGGAGAUGGGCGGGACGGUCGAGAAGGUUCGCGUUGUGGUGCGCCUGCGCCCUAUGGAUCAGCGGGAAAAAAUUGAUGGCGCAUGCAAUUGUGUGUCAGUUGAUACCGUGAACAGCACGAUAGCAGUCACGCGCAGCAACAUUUCGCCGCCAGAGCCGCCGAGGAUUUACGCGUACGAUGCCGUCUUCGACAGCAACACAAGUCAGAUGGACAUUUACCUCCAAACAGCAAGUCCAAUUGUGGCGGAGGUCCUCAAAGGCUACAAUGGCACAAUAUUCGCGUAUGGGCAGACGGGAACCGGAAAGACCUAUACAAUGGCUGGGAGUAAUUCUGCGCCUGAGUUGAGAGGGAUCAUACCGAACUCUUUCGCUCAUAUCUUCAGUCACAUAGCGAAAGCUAAGGAUGAUGAGAAAUUUUUGGUAUGCGUGACAUAUCUGGAGAUUUACAAUGAGGAGGUUCGCGAUUUGCUCGGAAACAACCCCCACCAGAGUUUGGAGGUGAAGGAGAGGCCCGACAUAGGAGUGUUUGUCAAGGAUCUCACUGGUUACGUGGUCCACAACGCUGAUGAAUUAGAAAAGAUUAUGGCAGUAGGCAACAAGAACCGCCAUAUUGGUGCGACUGCGAUGAACAUAGAGAGCUCUCGCUCGCACGCCAUAUUCUCUAUCACUGUCGAAAGCAGUAAGAAGGGGGAGGACGGCAAGAUGCACGUGAAGAUGGGGAAACUGCACCUUGUUGACUUGGCGGGUUCUGAGAGACAGAGCAAGACACAAGCGACCGGAACUAGGUUGAAAGAGGCGACGAAAAUCAACCAAUCCCUCUCAGUGUUGGGUAAUGUUAUAUCAGCGCUGGUGGAUGGGAAGUCUACCCACAUUCCGUACAGGAACAGCAAACUCACAAGACUGCUCCAGGAUUCCUUGGGAGGCAACUCCAAGACUGUCAUGAUAGCGACAAUAGGACCGUCAGACACGAACUACGUUGAAACGAUAAGUACGCUCCGUUACGCGAACAGAGCGAAGAAUAUCGAGAACAAGACUCACGUGAACAACGAACCUGGAGACGCGUUGCUUACACGAUUCCAACAAGAAAUCGAUCAACUUAAGAAGCAACUGGAAGAAUCAGCUAUUGAUGUGGAAGGAGAGGGCGAAGAAGAACUAUCCGAAGAUACAGAAGACACCCUGACCGAUCCGGAGCUCGAUGUACUGGAUCCAGAAGAGAAGAAGAUCAAACGGAAGCUUAGGAGAGAAGAGAAGGAAAAAGCAAAGAAGGAGAUGGCGCAUCAAGCGCGUAGAGUUCUCGAGGAAAAGAAAGCGGAACUACAAAGGACUAAAAAACAACAAGAAGAACUAAAAGACAAGUUACAACGCCUGGAGUCCAAGGUUUUGGUGGGUGGCGAGAACCUUCUAGACAAAGCUGAUACUCAACGCAAACUAUUGGAACAGGCUUCUAAGGAGUUGGAGCAGAGGAAACUAAUCGAACUUCGCUUGCAAGAAGACUUACAGAAGAAGGAGGCGGAACGAUUGGACCUAGAAGAACGUUACUCCAGCCUGCAAGAAGAGAACGCAGCCAAGACACGUAAGCUGAAACGCGCAGUUCAACUCCUGAAUUCGGCUAAGGCAGAGUUGGCAGAUCAACAAAGGGAACAGCAGCGCGAGAUGGAAGGAAUCCUGGAUGGCAUAAGAGCGCUAAAGAGGGAAUUGCAGUUGGCCGAUCUCGUUCUUGACUCGUACAUUCCGAAAGAGUACCAGGCCCUGAUCGACCAAUACGUCCACUGGAACGAACAGCUUGGCGAAUGGCAAGUCAAGUGCGUCGCUUACACCGGGAACAACAUGGCGCCUCAUCUCACUCACACCGAGAAACGUCACUCACAUCAGAUUGAACCACCAGAUCUCACCGACCGCUUCCUGUCGUACUCGGCGGUGUCUCGUGGUAGCACCAGACUGGCGCGCCCUCUAUCGGCCGUGCCGCGGCCCCACACUGCACUGAGGCAACGACACUAG